GGGGAGGGGGAACAGAUGAUGCUCUUAGACAGUACACUCAGAGCGAAAUAAUUUGCCAUAUUUGGAAAUGAAUAUACCCCACCUACUGCUAUAUAGGUUGAGAGAUUCAGCUUGGCAGCUGCUAUCGAAACCUGCACUUCCCCCAAAAAACAACCUGUAACUCUCUAGCAGAAAGAUCCUCCAGAAUGGGAAGGACCCGGAUGGCGACCUGCUGGAUGGCUAUGCUUUUGCUGGUGCUCUGUAGCGACAUCACCCUUUGCAGGAGGGGCUCAUCAAGUAAGAAAGCAAACCAGAAUAAAAGUCCUCCCCCCGUUAAUAAGCCCAGCCCGCCAACCAAAAAAGAGCCUGUCAAGAUUCCAGGCACGCUCUGUUACCGCGGCCAGUUGCUCGACAUCAAACUAGAGCCCGAAGAUGCCAGAUAUUACACCGACAACUUCAAAAAGUUCCCCGAUUGCGUUUAUUACCCUAGGUGCUUCCAGUCUCUAGAGGCGAACGCAACCAAGGACACGUUGGUUAGCGAGUGCUUCAACGUUACGGUGGGUCUGACUGAAAACAAACUGGGCUUAUCCGAAGGCAAGAAUGCCAGCAGUGCGUACGCCAGGGUCAUGUGGCAAGUGAUAAGCCACUUGUGUGCAAUGGAAUUCUGCUGCCACCCGUGCAGCCUCUCUCUGUCCAUCCACGGUUCCUUUGGUCGGGUCGCACUGCUUUGCCUCAUGAGUUUUAUUUCUCUUGCCGUGCAAUGAGCUUGCAUCGAUUUACUGGCAACAAGGGAGUGCCUGUCAGUAACUAUUUACCUUUUAUGAUUUGUGUAUGUUAAACUUCCAUAAUUCUUUUAUUUGUUAUUUUUUAUCCUUUGUGCGUAUAAACGCAAGUGUCAUUUAUCUAUUCUAUCAAACUCAUGGGCUUUGUUUUACACUGGGCUAAUCUGUGUCCAAAUAAAGGAACGUGCUAAUCUUUUAACUCCUUUAACCUAGUCCUGAGAGGGAUUCUGGAUUCUAUAGUAAUAGACAUUCUUAUUAGUACGUGUUAUAAUUACCAAGACCAGGUAAUAUACAGGGUGCAUAUGAUCCAGUUAUGUUCUGUGAUUGAUAUUUGUUAUUGCAGACUUUUCCUGUGAUGAAAUAAAUGACCCAUUGAGAGAUGAUGUUAAUUCAUUAAGAGCUACCGCUUGCCACAGCUGUCAGUAAUAAAGUCUGGAUUAUAAAUCCCCUUUGGUUUAUCAAUCAGGUAAAGUGCGAUAACCAUAAAAAAUCCCAUACGUAACGAGGUAAAAAAGAGAUACUGAAAACAACACAGAGUGAAAUAAUUGUGAGAAAGUAACUUUUCCCUCCCCACAAAGAUGUCUUUGUCUCGCAUCCUAUAAAAGAAAAAAGUUUUGGGGGGGCUAAAUUGGGAGUGAAUGCUGCCAGCAUUCCAUUAAUUACAGAAGAUGGGACUAAACUACCUUUUCUUCAUGUAGAGGGGUGGUAAAGUAUGUUUUCUUUCUGUAUCCUGGAUAUUGCUGUAUGAAUCUUUGAUUAAAUCAUUCCAUUUGAGCUGGUUAUUCCAAUAUUUCGCAUUAUUAUUAAAUUCCAAUACGCAACAGUAUUAAAAGCGAAGGAAGUCGUGAGCUGGUUGCAGACACAGUCUUCUCCUCUUCAGUUUGUGUUUCGUCGGCCGGCAGGAUCGAACCGGGGACCUCUGGAGCUUAGUGCAUGAGCCUCUACUGCGCGAGUUAAGAGCCAACUGACUGUCAGCUAAGGUUGAAGAGCAGACUCAUUUUUCUCUCUCUCUCUCUAAGUGGUCUCAGUGUCACUAGAUGGGACACAACACCACACCCAGGAGGGUUACAUUUGCACAGUUGAAUGGUCAAGCUAUUCGGUAGACAGUGAUCUGUGUGCCCUAGCACUCCCCCCUUUCUUGGCUUUGCCCUUCCUAAUCAGCAUACUUGAGACUCAUGGGAACUCAGUUGUGGUAAGGAUAUUAAAUACGUGGAGCAGCAAAGCGUAUUUGGAAGGGCAUUAUGGACUAUAAGAAAGGCAGAGUACAAGGAAACCUCCUGAACAACCAAACUUCCUCCCACACAUUGAGUCUCAACCGACAGGUGCGAGAGAGUGGAUGGGGCAGUAAAUGUUGCACCAAACCCAGUGAUCCUGCUUUACAGAGGUUCUUAGAAGUUAAAAAGAAAGGCUGGUCUUUGGAUUAACUAUAACGAAGGCUUAGAUUUUGUCAUGGUUAUUUGUAGUAAAAGUCACUGACCGGUCAUGGGCAACCAAAAUAAAUUCACAGAAGCCAUGACCGGUCUGUGACUUUGCUGCUGUGGCAAAAGCCUGCGGCAGCUGGGAACAUUCGGAGGGGCCCCCCUCCACCACGGAGGCUGGGAGCUGCAGGGUGACCUUAUUUCCCCAAAGAGAAAACAGGACACCCCAGCGCUCGUCCGAGAUGUCCCCCCUGUCCUCACAUGAGCUGUUGCCUGUCCGCUGGGACCCUUUGCAGGGCCCCCCCCGUCUCUACAGUUGCCUGUCGCUGGAACCCUGCCAUGGCCCACUGGCUCCAGGUCCUGCAGCCCCUGGGGCGAAGCAGAGAAUGUCACAGAGGUCCUGGAAGUGGCAGAUUCCAUGACCUCCCUGACAUAACAAAGCCUUAACUAUAACUUGAAGACUGUAAGCUAUUCAGGGCAGGGGACUGUCUCCCACUCUCUGUAAGCCUGUAAUACAAUGAGGCCUUUCUCAGCAGUUUAUCAAGCAAGUGGUCCUAUUCCAAUAGUCCUUAUGAAGGAUAUAAUCAUCUCACUCCCCUCCAGUAUGGAGGAAUUCACAUUCUGCAUGGUCAUAACGUCACCCUGCUCAUGCAUCAUUGAAGUGGAGCUGCUUAGAGAUGGAUAGAUCAUCAUGCACUUGGCUGCAGAGACAGUAAAUGCGUUAGUGGUAGGGAGUCUAUUUCUUUGAGUGUAAACGAUUCUAAAUGAAUGUUUAAUGGGAAGAUAAUGAGUGGGGUGCAAUGGUUUGUGCUUAGUUUGAAAUGAAGGAUUAAUGUGCCCAUUUAGAGGGCUAUGCGCUUCUCACAUUAAUGAGGUUACAUCACAGCUGACUCUGGCAAUUACAAGGGAGGAGAGGAUGCUGUCAGCUCAUUACAUUUUGCAACAUCGCAUCACUCAAUGGACUGUGAUCUGUGGCAGAACAACUCUGUCCCUAGGUCAGCACGCACCCAACUGUCUCUGCAAUUGCAUUAUUAUUAUUAUCCAAAUAAGAGCCGAGUGAGAUCUUGGACCAGAUCCCUCAGCUGGUGUAAAUCAGCAAAGCUCCACUGCUGAUUUAGGUUUAUGGGGAAAAAAAACCCACAGUUGUCCUCCCAACCGUUUUUAAAAUAAGAAAAAAAGGUGACUGACUAUUCAACUAAAAACAAAAAUUGGUCCAAAAAAAAAAAAAAAGCAUUGGGUAUUUGUCUUAUAACCCCCCUCCAAAAAAAAAAAAAUUAAAAAAACCCUAAGUAAAACAAAUGUAAUUUUCAUUGCAGUUUUUCAUGGGGUCAAAAAUCCCCCCCCAUCGCUAUUUCAAAAGCUCCAAAACGUAACAAAACUUGACACAUGAACCCCAUUGCAGAAGAAAUAGUCUGAGACCAU